AUGGAAGCGAUAGAGCCAGAUGAAGUGGAGCUUAUGGAAGAACUACUAGAUGACAUUAUGGAAGAACACGGGCCCCCUGAAAUAAAAAAGCUCAAACAUGCAAUUAAAACUACUACUGCAAGUACUGUUGAACCGACCACGGAGACUGUUGCUGAUGUGAGUCCAACAGAUGAUGCAGCAACGCCAACUACAACGAGCAGCACUCAAAUGGUUGACUCUACUACAGCUGAACCUACGACAGUUGACUCUACUACAGCAGAACCCACGACAGUUACUACAACAAGUAUGACGACUACACAAAACAUUGAUCCGGGCAGCGCUGACGAAGUCAUUCUUACUUAG